AUGCUGGCAGACACAACUAAGGACAACUGGCCUAAGAAGUGGACCGAAUUCCUUACAUUCCUGCUCCGGAUAUUUACAUCGCUACAACGAGAAGGCCACCAUGCAAAGGCCGAAACCAAGGACCUGAAUGCUAUGGAGGUUGACGCAGUCGAGAAGAAGGGGAAGAAUGCAGAGAGCGAAAGCUCUGAUACUGAAGAAGAAAAGAAGCCGAAGAAGAAGAGCUCUUCCUCUAAGACUAAGGGGAAGAGUAAGGAGACAGCUGCGCAUAUCAGCGACCGCAGCAUCCACUCGAAAAGCGAGCCUGAUGCAUCUGAGUCGGAUGAAGAUUUUGCCGCGAUCCUCUCAAGGCUCAGGCGCCUGAGAGCAAAUGGAUCCAGUUCAUCAAGAAAGGUGGGAGAGGGCUCUUCACGAAGGGAUCAGAAGGGUUUUCUCAAAGGGGAUCUGUAG